AUGAAGGCCACAGCACUCCUCCUUCUUGCUGGCAACCUAGCUCAUGGCUUUUCUGGCAUGAGGGACUUGAAGGCCCGAGCCGCCAGUCUCGAGAGCCGGGGCACCAAUGAGAUGAUUGGCGAUCUCGUCAACCUCCCCGACAACCGCCUCACCAAGACCGGCGCCGACAUCAAGGCCCUCCUGACCGGGGGUCAGAACCCCGAGGAGCUCACCGAUCGCUACGACAAAGUCCCGGACAAGGACUCGCCCAAGUGCAAGGCCGACACGUGCUGUAUCUGGAAGCACAUUGCCGACGACAUGAGAUCCAAGAUGGUGGGCAGCGCCCGCCGUUGCAACGACCUUGCCCGCGGCUGCAUCCGUCUCGGCUUUCACGAUGCCGCCACCUGGUCCAAGAACACGGGCCCCGGCGGCGGAUCGGACGGCUCCAUUGUCCUGGCCCGCGAGUGCUACGACCGCGAGAUCAACAAGGGCCUCGAGCCCACCUGCGACCAGAUGACGGCCUGGCAUAAUCAGUACAAGAAGUACAACGUCGGCAUGGCCGACCUGAUCCAGUUUGCCGCCAACGUGGCCACCGUCGCUUGCCCCCUGGGCCCCCGCGUCCGCACCUUUGUCGGCCGCAAGGACGAUUCAAAGCCGGCGCCCGAUGGCCUCAUGCCUUUGCCUUCUGACAGUGCCGACAAGCUCAUCAGUAUGUUUGGCAGCAAGACCAUCGCUCCCGAUGAGCUCGUGGCCCUCGUCGGUGCCCACACCACAGCUCAGCAGCGGUUCGUGGACCCCAGCCGCGCCGGCGACCCGCUCGACAGCACCCCUGGUGUCUGGGACGUCCGCUUCUACGGCCAAGUCACCAGCAGCUCCACCCCCCGUCGCGUCUUCAAGUUCCAAAGCGACAUCAACCUGUCCCAAGAUCCUCGCACCAACGGCCCGUGGAAGGCUUUCUCUGGACCCACCGGCCAGCGCCCUUGGAACGGGGCUUAUUCCCGCGCCUAUAUCAGGCUCAGCUUGCUGGGCGUCAAUAACAUCAACGAUCUGAAGGAAUGCUCCAAGGCGCUGCCGUCGGCCCUCGAUUUUUUCCAGUCUCCCGACCAGUCGCAGCUCGAUGCUUUCGCCAAUGGUAAAUUCAACGACGCCAAGGGUCAAUUAAUGCAGGGCGACAAUAUCACCGCCCCUCCCUAA